CCUCCUCCUCCUUUGAAGUUUGUCUUUUGUCGACUGAUAUUUCCUCUUCUUCUUCUUUUUUUUUUCUGUUAAAAAGAAAAAUGAUUUGGUUGGAAUGCGAUUCUGUUACGUGCCCUCCACACAUGAAUAUUGUAUGCAAGCAAGGGUUGGUUUGAUUCCCUUGGCCCCAAAAUGAAUUCCUAUUGAGGGGCAUUGCCGUGUUACCCAAUUGAUGUCUUUGAAGCCUACGAAAGGGCUUGACUCAUCUGAGAUGAGUUGCAGUUCACAAGAAGAAGCACGAUGCGAGCCCAAACAUAUGGAUCCAGUUGCCAAGAGCAGUGCCAAUUCAACCCACAGCCCCCCGCCUCAGGAAUCCAAAAAGGAGGGGGCAGUCAAAAGUAACGCCGCCAAUGCAACUGCAACUGCAACUCAUGAUUUGGCCUCUGCACAUGCACCUGUGGAUCCUGCUUCCAAAACUAAUGCAAAUUCGUCUAUGAACCCACCAUCUGCAAAGACAAAUGAAGCAAAGACUAGUUAUCUUGGCCCCAACAAUAACAGAGGGAUGAGCACUAGCACCCGUAGUGACAGCUUAGAGAGCUCUACCACACCCUUGAGACCCCACACUGGUGGUGAUGUUCGAUGGGAUGCUAUUAACUUGGCCAAUUCUAGAGACUCCCCUCUUGGGCUUAGCCAUUUUCGGCUGCUCAAGCGCCUUGGCUAUGGUGACAUUGGAAGUGUCUAUCUUGUUGAACUCAGAGGAACCACUGCCUACUUUGCAAUGAAAGUGAUGGACAAAGCAUCUCUUGCAAGUAGAAACAAGCUACUUCGGGCCCAGACAGAGAAGGAGAUUCUUGGACUCCUUGACCACCCAUUCUUGCCCACUCUGUAUUCCUACUUUGAGACUGAUAAAUUCUAUUGCUUGGUCAUGGAGUUCUGCAGUGGAGGUAAUCUACAUUCUCUGCGGCAGAAACAACCCAACAAGCAUUUUUCUGAAGAAGCUGCCCGGUUUUAUGCAUCAGAGGUAUUGCUAGCACUUGAGUAUCUGCACAUGCUAGGCAUCGUGUACAGGGAUCUGAAGCCAGAAAAUGUGCUAGUAAGAGAUGAGGGUCAUAUCAUGCUCUCUGACUUUGACCUCUCACUCCGCUGUUCUGUGAGUCCAACGCUAGUCAAGUCUUCAUCCGGGCAUUCAGGUAGCACAGUUGGUGGUGGUGGCGGAGGUAUCAGCAGCGGAGCAAUUCUGGAUGAUGAAUAUGCAGUGCAGGGGUGUAUCCAGCCUUCUACUUUUCUCCCACGCAUUCUACCAACUAAAAAAAACCGAAAAUCUAAAUCAGAUUUUGGCCUCUUUGUUGGAGGGUCCCUUCCAGAACUAAUGGCAGAGCCCACAAACGUGAGAUCAAUGUCAUUUGUGGGAACCCAUGAAUACUUGGCCCCAGAGAUCAUAAGAGGAGAGGGGCAUGGCAGUGCUGUGGACUGGUGGACAUUUGGUAUAUUCUUGUACGAGCUGUUGCAUGGAACAACUCCCUUCAAGGGCCAAGGCAAUCGUGCCACACUGUUUAAUGUUGUAGGGCAGCCAUUAAGAUUUCCAGAUACUCCAACAGUGAGUUUCAUGGCUCGUGAUCUUAUAAGAGGGCUUUUGGUGAAGGAACCGCAGAAGCGAAUUGCAUACAAAAGGGGUGCCACAGAAAUAAAACAACACCCAUUCUUUGAAGGAGUGAACUGGGCCCUAGUGAGGAGCGCCAUGCCUCCCCACAUACCCGAACCAGUAGACUUUGGGCACUUUGCUAGUAAAGAGUCGGGCCAUGCUGAGAAGAAGAAUUCAGAUACUGGGGGUGAUAAACACAAGAAUAGUCCGAAUGAUGCUUCUUAUGUUGAUUUCGAGUACUUUUAGGAAAUAGGCUCCUCCUACUUUGUAUGAUAACAACAUACAUAUUAGGAGAAAGACCAUAUCAUGUUGUAGAAAGAAUAAGAAAUGUAUGCUUGCCGAAUAUCUAUUCAACAUACGGGUUGUUGGGUUUUAUCAUUUGAUGCGUUUUACCUUCAAACAAUCCUUGUAAGAAUUUUUUGACAAAAAACACACUAAUCAAUCUUAAUUUGUUGGUUUCCUUUGUUUUGUUU